AUGAAGGUCCUCGCCCCUCUCGUGCUCGCCAGCGCGGCCAGCGCCCACACCAUCUUCUCCUCCCUCAAGGUCAACGGCGUCAACCAAGGCCUCGGCGAGGGCGUCCGCGUGCCCACCUACAACGGUCCGAUUGAGGACGUCACCUCGGUCUCCAUCGCCUGCAACGGCUCGCCCAACACCGUCGGCUCUACCUCCAAGGUGAUCACGGUCCAGGCCGGCACCAACGUGACGGUCAUCUGGCGCUACAUGCUCAGCACCACGGGCGACUCGCCGGCGGACGUCAUGGACAGCACGCACAAGGGCCCCACCAUCGCCUACCUCAAGAAGGUCGACAACGCCGCCACCGACAGCGGUGUUGGUAAUGGCUGGUUCAAGGUCCAGCAGGACGGCAUGGACAGUAGCGGCGUCUGGGGCACCGAGCGCGUCAUCAACGGCAAGGGCCGCCAGAGCAUCAAGAUCCCUGAGUGCAUCGCUCCGGGACAGUACCUCCUCAGGGCUGAGAUGCACUCGGCGGGCAACUAUCCUGGUGCUCAGUUCUAUAUGGAGUGUGCGCAGCUUAAUGUCGUUGGUGAGACGGGUGCUAAGACAUCUUCGACUGUUAGCUUUCCUGGGGCUUACUCGGGCUCUGACCCCGGAGUCAAGAUCUACAUCUACUUGCCUCCCGUCACCUCUUACACCGUUCCCGGCCCUGAUGUGUGUUCACUUGCUAAAUGCUUAACGGCAUACGAGUGGGAAAGUGGUAGCAUACUGGUGAGAAGGAGAAGAGCACUCUUUGCUUCAUCUUGUGUGCACAACCUUGGUGGCAUCACUUGGUCAAGCAAAAGGGAUUCCUCUCACUCCGCAUUGUACCCAUAUUCUUGUACAUAGCUUUGCUUUUGCCCAACGCUGAAC